CCUUUUCACUCUCUUUCUCUCUCUACUUUUACCCCUAUAUAUAAGCAAGCCAAGCACUCUAACUUGCUCCCAUGCGCUCACUUAGAAUCAUAUAGUUCUCCUCAGAUACCAUAUCUCCUUCCCUUUCUCUCUCUCUACUCUUGUUUUGUAAUUUGAAUCAGAGACUUUGACUGCUUCGUCCAUAACCAGUUGAAGCUAGAUAUAAAAACAUUCUCAGACCCUUUCUCCGAACAAUGUCGAGCAGAAGAUCGUCGCGUUCGCGUCACUCCAACGACGUCUCCAACAACAUGAGUAUCACCGACCAUCAGAUAUCCGAUCUCGUCUCCAAGCUGCAGCAUCUCGUUCCCGAGCUCCGUCGCCGCCCCUCCGACAAGGUCUCGGCGUCGAAGGUCCUGCAGGAGAUUUGCAACUACAUAAGGAGCUUGCACCAGGAGGUGGAUGGUUUGAGCCACCAGCUAGCCCAGCUUCUGGGGUCUGACGACACUGAUAGCGACCAAGCGGCCAUUAUCAGGAGCUUACUCAUGUACUGAUUCACCUUAAAGCAAUAUCAACGACGCCUCUCUCUUUGUUAAUUCUAGUAUAACUAGUUAGGUUUUUAAGUACGUCGAACGUGUUAUCGGCGGGAAGAGAUGAUAUUGAGCGAGUUAGUUCAUGGGCCAUGCAUGCCCUCAUUGGUGCAUGUUUAGCUUCUAAUGUAGGCCCCAGUGAUCGACAAACCAAUUGACAGUGUCGCCCCGUUAGACAGAGGGCAACUUCAACUUGUGUUAUGGUCGAGGAAACUUAUUAAUCCUUAUAAUUUCGAUUUAUCACGUUGCUAUUUUAAUCAAGAUAUUAUAUUA